AUGAAAAAAGAUUAUUUUAUAAUAUAUUUUUUUAUUUUUAUUUUGCUACCACAAAAAUGUGAAUUCUAUAUUAAUCAUCCAUAUCUUUAUGAAACACUUACAAUUAAAACUCAACAAUGUAAUUCAUGUUUAUUACCAAAAAAUUCAAGUAUUAUAUAUCUUCCACCUUCAAGACCAAUAUGUUUACAUGAAGGUCAUCCAAUUUUGAUGCUUUCAUUUGAAAACAAUAAUAAAAAUUUAGUAAAGUCAAAAAGUUGCAAUAUACCCAUUGAAAUUAAAUCGAGUCAUAUAUCUUUAGAUACUAAUAAUGGCAUUAUAUUUGCCAAAAGGCGAAUGUGUUUUUAUCACUCAAACAUUAAAAUUGAAUACCGAUAUAAAUGUUAUUCAUAUGAUGACUAUAAAAAUAGUACAUUUUUAUUAGCUCAUAAAAAAUUUUCAUUCUUAUUUGAUAAAGAUAAUAGUAAUGAAAUAACAUCAAAAUAUAUUAUACCAUCAGAGACUAAAUUUGGUCGUAAACGUACAAAAAGAUGGUUAAGAAGAAGAAAUCCUAUUAUUUCACCAAUUCAUUUCUCACAGGAAAAAUAUAAUGUUCAAAUUUCUGAAGAUGCUCUUCCUAAAACAGUAAUUGUAAAUAUAAAAGCGGAACAUGAAAAAAAAAGAUCUUUAUAUUACUCAAUGAGCGCACCUGAAGAUUCAAGAUCAGCUGAUAUAUUUGCAUUGGAUACUAUUUCAGGGCAAAUUACAUUAGUAAAACAAUUAGAUCACGAAAGUUUAUCUAAGCAUGUAUUAAAAGUUACCGCUUUUGAAAGAUUAGAUCCAUCAAUAAUUUCAAGUGUUUUGGUAAUUGUAGAUGUUAUUGAUGUUCAAGAUAAUAUACCUAUUUUUGAAAGAACAUCAUAUUUUUCUGAGAUACGUGAAGAUGCUCCUAUUGGAACAACAGUUUUAUCAGUAUUUGCACAAGAUAAAGAUUCUGGUGAUAAUGGUAAAGUUGAAUAUUUUAUACAACCAUCCUUAGGAAGUGACCACUUAAAGAUAAAUCCUCAGUCAGGAGUAAUACAAACUAUUAAAGAAUUAGAUCGUGAGGCAAUUCCAUUAAUACGUCUUAAAGUGUUUGCCAAAGACCAUGGAGUACCAUCAUUUAAUUCAUCAGCUUAUGUUGAAAUAUCAAUAUUAGAUGUUAAUGAUAAUACUCCAACUUUUGAAAAAUCAGAAUAUCAUGUAUAUAUAAAUGAAAAUGAAAAUGUUCCAUUUUCUGUUAUACAAUUAAAUGCUACAGAUAAUGAUACAGAAGAAAAUGGAAAAGUACAUUUUUCAAUAAUAACAUCAUCUGGUAGUAGUUUUUUAAUUGAUUAUGAAAGUGGUGAAAUAAUAUUAAAAGAAAAAUUAAGUCCUAAAAUGAGUCCAUAUAUAAUUGUUGUAAGAGCAAAAGAUUCUGGACAACCAGCAUUAUCAAGUAGAUGUACAAUUUAUGUACAUGUAAAAGAUAUUAAUGAUCAUCAACCAUUAUUUAUAACAUUUCAAAAUGAAUUUAUAAUUGAAGAAAAUUCACCUAUUGGUUCAGAAGUUGGUAAAGUUGAAGCUAUUGAUGAUGAUAUUGGUUUAAAUGGAGAAAUAAAAUAUUAUUUUAUUAAUAAUAAUGAAACAAAUUUUGUUAUUGAUAGUAAUAGUGGUAUUAUUUUUACAAAUUCAACUUUAGAUCGUGAAAUAAUUGAUAAAUAUUUAUUAGAAGUAAUUGCUAUAGAUCAAGGAGAACCACCAUUAAAUUCAUCAAUAAAAAUUCAAAUAUUAAUUAAAGAUGUUAAUGAUAAUUUUCCACAAUUUGAAAAAGAUUUAUAUGAAAUAACAAUGCCAGAAGAUAUACAAAAAGGUGCACAAAUAAUUAUUUUAAAAGCUAAUGAUAAUGAUCUUGAUUCAAAAAUUUUUUAUCGUAUAGAAAAAAGUGAUAAAGAUAUAUUUUCAUUAACAAAUCUUGGUGGAAAUGAUGGUGCACUUUUAAGAUUAACAAAAUCAUUUGAUGUUGAUGAUACAAAUAUAUCACUUUUAAUAUCUGCUACUGAUCAAGGUGGUAAAAAAGGUUUUACAACAGUUAUAAUUAAUGUUAAUGAUGUUAAUCAAAAACCAUUUUUUAUAAAACAUUCAUUUAAUGUUAUAAUUCCUGAAGAUUCACCUAUUGGAUUUCAUGUUAUACAAAUGAAAGCAGAUGACAAUGAUAGAGGAGAAAAUGCUAAUUUGUCUUUUUUUAUUGAUAAUGAAGAUUUUAAAAUUGAUAAACAAACUGGAGUUAUUACAGUUGCAAAAACAUUAGACCGUGAAAAACAAAGUUCAUAUACAUUAAAAGUAACUGUACAAGAUAAUGGUAUACCACCAUUAUCAACUGAUACUUUAUUAGAAAUUUUUAUUGAAGACGUAAAUGAUAACUCACCGGUUUUUAUGGAAGAAAAAUAUUUUAUUUCAAUUCCUGAAGAUAUUCCUGUAGGGACUAGCUUUUUACAAAUAACGGCAACUGAUAAUGAUGGUGGAAUAAAUAGUAUAAUAGAUUAUUUUUUAGAUGAAAAUGAUGAUUAUGUUAAAAUGGAUAAAUUUCGCCUUGAUAGAACAUCAGGUACAUUACGUGUUAAUCAAAAAUUAGACAGAGAAAAUGUAGAAAUAUUUAUUUUACCUGUUAUUGCAAAAGAUAGAGGAACACCACAAAAAAUAUCAAAAACAUUUGUUACAAUAAAAUUAGAAGAUGUUAAUGAUAAUGCUCCACAAUUUGAAAAACAAUUAUAUACAUUUUAUAUUCCUGAAAAUAUGGAACCUGGUACUUUGGUUGGUGUAAUGACAGCAAAUGAUCCAGAUAUUGGUGAUAAUGGUGAUAUACAAUUUAAAAUAUUUGCUGGUAGUGAUGCUAAAUAUUUUGAACUUGAAACAGAUUUAAAUAAUACAAAUACUGUCUUUCUUCGUAGUCGUGUUGAAUUUGAUUAUGAAGAUAAAAUUAAUAAAUUUAAUAUAGAAGUACAGGCAGCAAGUAAACAAUUAAGUUCAACAGUACCAGUUCAUAUAUUUGUUACAGAUAAAAAUGAUAAUAAACCUCAAUUACGAAAUUUUAUAAUUCUUAUUACAAGAUAUACUUCUGAAUAUAUUGAGGAUAUUGGUAAUAUACCUGCAUUUGAUCCUGAUCAAAAUGCAACAUUAGAAUAUUUCUUAGAACCUAAUGAAAUAAUAUCUGUUGAAAAAAAAAGUGGAAAACUUAAACUUUUAAAAGUUUUAAAUCGCCAUGUGUCCUUACAACUUAAGUCAUGUGUUUCAGAUGGUUCAAAUACGGAAUGUUCUAUAUGCCAGUUAUUAUAUCAUCCAAUUAAUGAAAAUGAUUUAGGAAAUGCAAUAACUAUAUCAAUUAAUGAUAUGACAAAAGAUGAAUUUUUAGAUUUUGAUAUUUAUCAAAAAUUUGUUAGUUCAAUUGCUUUAUUAAAUAAUUAUUGGACACCUAAUGAUAUUGUUAUUAUUGGUAUCAGUGAAAAAAAUAAUACACUUUUAAUUAGUUUUAUUAUGAAUGAAAAUAUAGAAAAUAUGAAUACAUGGAGAAUUGAAGAAAUGAUUGUUGAAGGUACAACAAAUAUUUCUGAGACAUUUGGAAGAACAAUUGAAUUGGUACGUGAUGAAAUAUGUAAUACAGAACCAUGUCCUUAUUAUCAAAAAUGUAAACAAACAUUUAGAUAUGUAGGAUCUGAUAAUAAAAUUAUUGAAACUGACAGUUUUAUUUAUCGGUCAUUUGAAAAUAAACGAAGUCAUCAUUGUGAAUGUCCUUCCGGAUUUGGAACAAUUUUUGACAAAAUAGGACAUUGUAAUGUUAAAAUUGAUAUGUGUUACGAAAGUCCAUGUAAAAAUAAUGGCACAUGUCAAUCAUUAGAAAAUGAUUAUUUUUGUCAAUGUCUUCCUGGAUAUAGUGGAAAAAAUUGUGAAAUUUUAAAUAAAUUGGACACCUGUCUUCCAACAUCAUGCCAUUCAGAUUCUGUAUGUAUAAUAAAAAAUCGUAAACCAAUAUGUCAAUUUUGUAAAUGGGAAAAAAGUGAAACAGAUAAUUAUUGUAGAUUACGUUCUAUAUCAUUUUCUGGUGAUGGAUAUAUUAUUGUUCCUGUUACUCUUCCUCGUCUUCAAUGGAAUAUAAAAAUUAAUAUUGCAACAAUUGUUAAAGAUGGAUUAAUAUUAUAUGCUGGGGAAAUAAAACAAACAUUAAAAAAAGAUUAUUUUAUGAUUUAUAUUAAAAAUGGUAUUUUAAAUGCGGAAAUUUCACUAGGAAAUGAGGUUGCAAUUGCAAGUAUGGAAGAUUCAAGAGAAAAUCGUAUAAGCAAUGGAAAUUGGAGAACAAUUCAUAUUACUUUUUCAUCACGCCAGCUGGUUAUUAGUUUAGAUGAUUGUGAUUCUUUUCUUGCACUACAUAAUAAUAAUACAUUUGGAUAUCCUAAAUGUGCAUCUACUACAAUUAUCAAAUUACCAAAAAUAUGUAAUGAUUUAGCUGUACCAUGCAACAGAUUUUUUGAUGUUAAAACAGGAUUAUUUAUUGGUGGUAUUAAAAAUAAUAGAAUAAACAAUAAUCAUAUAAAUGGAUUUAAUGGAUGUAUAAAAGAUCUUUAUAUUGAUUAUAAAUUAAUUGAUUUUUCUAAAUUUUCAACAUUUGAAAAAGAAGGAAAUGUUAUUGAAGGAUGUAAAGAAAAAAAAGAUAUAUGUCAAUAUUCAAAUCCUUGUGAUUCAACAGCUAAAUGUAUUGAUAAAUGGGGUGGUUAUAUAUGUCGUUGUCAUCAUCGUGUUCAUUCAAAAAUGAAUUGUAAUCAAGAAUCUUCUUCUGCAAUAUCAUUAUUUAUGGAAGGUUCAUAUGGUAGUUGGAAACCAACAUCUGACUUUGAAACACGUCAUAUAUAUUUUGAAUUUAGAACACGUGAAAGAAAUACUCAAGUUAUGGUAAUACAAUUUGAAAAUAAAAUGAAAUAUUUUAUUUUAAAUAUAGAAGGUGGUACAACUAUAUUUAAUUUAGAUGGUAAUUUAUAUUUAAUGCAAUAUCCAGUUGUUUCUGAUGGAUUAUGGCAUUCAAUAUCUAUAAAUAUUGAUAAUUUAAUGAAUAAUUUUAAUAUUACUGUUGAUGCAAUAUAUUCAAAAGUUAUUUCAUCAAAUGAAAAUAUAUCUAAUAGAAUUAUUAAAAAUAUGCAUACAGGACAAAAUCCUUCAUUUUCAGGAGCAUUAAAAUAUCGUGGAUGUAUACGUAAUGUUGAAAUAAAUUCAUAUCGUUUAAAAUUAUAUUCACAAUCAAAAACAAAACCAGGAUGUCAAACACCAAAUGAAUGUUUAACAAAUACUUGUCCAAAAAAUAGUAAAUGUAUUAGAGAUUGGGAUAGACAUUCAUGUAAAUGUAAUAAUGGAUAUGUUGGUGAUCAAUGUGUUAAUAUAUGUUCAAUUCCUAAUAUAUGUGGUCCUGAUGGUAUAUGUAAUUUAAAAAAUAAUACAAAUGGUUAUGAAUGUUUAUGUCCUGAAAAUCGUACUGGUAAUAAUUGUGAAAAAGAAAAAUUUUAUCAAAUUUGUCCAAAUGGUUAUUAUGGUAUAUUUCCUAAUUGUAAACGUUGUAAUUGUAAUACAUCAAAAAAUAUGAAAAAUAUGUGCAAUAGUAUAACAGGUAAAUGUGAAUGUCCAAGAAAUUAUUAUAUGUUAAAUGGUAAAUGUAUUGAAUGUGAAUGUGGUUUAGGUAGUUCAUCAUCUGCUUGUAAUGAUGAUGGACAAUGUCCUUGUGUUGGUGAUGCUUCAGGAAGAAGAUGUGAUAGAUGUGAUAAUGAAUUAGAAUUACUUGAUAAAAAAACAAUGAUGUGUGUUAAAAUAAAAGGAAGAUGUCCAUCAAAUAUAGAAUAUGGUAUACAAUGGCCAACAACUAUUUUUGGAUCAAUUGCAAGACAAUCAUGUCCUUUUUCACAAAUUGGUAUUGCUUAUAGAAAAUGUGAUAUGUCAGGUAUUUGGGAAAAAGUAAAUUUAGAUAAUUGUACAUUAACAAGUUUACAUAUUGGAAGAAACAAACAUUGGCAAUCAGAUACAAUGAUUGAUAUCUCUGAAUUAGCUUUAUUAUUAAAAAAUAGUACAAAAGAUGUUAUUUAUGUAAAAGGAAAAAAUAUUAACAUAUGGUUUACAAUAAUGAAUACAAUUAUAAAAUCAAAUAGUCUAAAAGAUAGUCAUAUACAUAAUCAUAUAUUUACAGAAAAUAUAAUUAAUAGUGCUUCAUUAAUUGGUAUGGAAAUUGAUAUUAAUAAGCAAUUAAAUCUCAUUCAAUAUCUUUAUAAUUUUGGUCAAAAAUUAGCAUUAAUACAUUAUGAUUAUUCAUUUCUUAAAUCAUUCCAAAUAACAACAUCAAAUAUAAUUUUUAGUAUUGAUAAUAUUGAUGAAAUUGAUGAUGUUAAUGAAAAAUAUCCUGCUCCUCUUAUAUUACCAAAAUAUGAUCAUUUUAUAGAUAAAAGAGAAGAUUUUUUUAAAAAUAUUAAUAUUGAAGUAUCAUCAAGAUAUGCUACUGGAACAAUAUUUUAUAUGAUUUAUAUUCCAAAUAAUUGUGAUAAAUGUGAAAGUAAUAUUGUUUCAGCAUUUCAAGUAUUAGAUAUGGAUACAACUAAAUCAUCAUAUGAUAUUGGAAUUAAUAUAGCAUUUCCUAUAAAAUCACAUGGAAAUUGGAAAAAUUAUGAAUGUGUUAGAUUAAUUGAUAAAAUUUCAUAUGGUAUUAAUGGAUAUUCAAAUUGGGAUAUUAAUGAUAUUAAUUCAUCAUGGAUAAAUGAAAAUUCUUUAAUGAUAGGUUUAAAUUCAACACAUGUUGUUUGCCAAUUUUCAGGAAGUGGAAUAUUUUCAGUAAUUAGUGAAUCAAUUAAUGGUUUUCAAAUUCAUUUAACAAGUAAUAUUGGUAGUAUACCAUAUUUUCAUGAAAUAUGUGGAAUUAUUACAAUAUUAGGUUCAUUUGCCUCAUUAAUUAUAUUAAUAAUUUCAAAAAAUAUUGAUCAUAGAGGAAUGAAAACACUUAUUGUUGGUGGAUAUUUAAUAAAUAUUAUUGCAAUACUAUUAAUGCCAAGAAUUAACUAUUCAUCAGUUUAUUGCUCAAUACGAAAUGCUACUUUUACAUUUACAACAACAUUUCUUUUUUCAUGGAUUUUAUUAUAUACUCUUACAAUAUAUAAUACAAUUUUAUCUAGUAAUCAAAAUAUAUCUAAUAUAGUUUUAUUAUUAAUUGGAAUUGUUUUAUCACCAUUACAUAGUAUUAUAGUAUUUUUAUAUUCAUCAACAUGUUCAAUAAUUUUAUUUAAUGAAACAUUUUGGAUAAUAAUUGGACCAAUAUGUGUUAUAGUAUUAUCAAUAUUUUAUACAACAACAACAUCUUUCUUAAUAACAAGAAACAAAAGUUAUAAUAUUAUUGGUUAUUCAUUAUUUGAUUAUCAACAAACAAUAGCUCAAUAUUUAUUCCUUGCAAUAGCUUGUGUUUUAGCAAAUAUAGGAACAUGGUCAAAAUUAAUGGGUUAUCAACGAAGUCCUGUAAUAGAUUUUUUAUUUGAUUUUGUUAUUUUAAUAUCAACUAUUUUAUUAUUUUUCUGUACAUCAUCAACACCAAAAAUUAAAACAAAUCAACAAAGUAAUAAUGAAUUAUGGUUAGAUCAAAAAAUAAAUCCUGUUGGUAGAAAUUCAUCAACAAUUUUACAAAAUGAAACAUCAUCAGGAACAAUAUCACCAAGUAAUCAUAAUAUAAUAUCAAAUGAAAAAACAAGCUCAAAUUUUGAUGAAUAUGAUAAUGGAGGUAAUGAAAUAAUUUAUAAAUCAUCUAAAAAUAAUCAAUGGGAUGGAAAAUUAGAUGGUAUAGAAAAUCCAAUGGAAAAUAUUGAUAAUCCUUAUUCUAAAUAUUCAUCACCAAAUCUUUUACAAAGACAUAAAACAUUAUUAUUACAAAAACAGAUGAUAGGACCUAAUAUUUUAUCACCUGUUCAAAAAAUUAUUAAAAUUGAUAAUUUAGAUGGUUGUAGUACAAAUGAAAAUAUAACAUCAAUAUGUAAUGGUAGUAAUACUUUAAAUAUAACAAAAUCAAAAAAUUAUGAUUCUGGAAUGGGAGAAGAAGGCGUACUUAAUUAUGAUGAUGUAUCUAGUAUAUAUUAUGCUUAUCAUGAAAAAAAUACUACCGCAACAACAACUUUUCGUAAAUUUUAG